AUGCGUUUCUCUCAAAUCGCCACUCUUCUCUCCAUUGCCGCUGCGGCCAGCGCCCAGUACACCUACAACAUUACCCAAGCUGAGAAGCAUGGUAACAUGGAGAAGUACAAGUGCUUGGACAACAAGAAGCUCAGCAAAUGGAUGCCCAAGUGCCUUCACCAGUGUCAGGAGAAGGCCAACCAUGCUGACGGCUGCGCGCCCGAUGACUUUACUUGCCAUUGCAUCAACUACAGCGUCUACUCUGCCGCGAUCGAGCCCUGUGCCUUCCCUGCCGCUCUCGGCGGUAAGGGCACUUGCUCGUUUGAGGAGCUCGGCAAGGCACGCCCUAUCGUUCAGGACAUGUGCAACUUCUUCAACGCUACUCUAUACGACGACUACGCGGAGUGCGACAUAGAACUGAGCGAGGAGAAGACUUACAUGAUCCUCGCUGACGAGGAAUUCGGAGAGGUCACUUACUAG